AUUCACAACCAGGGGCGGAAUGACAACUCAUGGGGCCCCCAGGCAAUAGGGGAUCAUGGGGCCCCUGUGUUCCUGCCCACACUCAAAAAAAGCCUAUAAAAGGUACCAGGGGCAUUUCAUGCCUGAGUUCUCCAAUGACACCGGGGCCCCAUGAUCCCCUAUUGCCCGGGGGCCCCAUGAGUUGUCAGUCCGCCCAUGUACAGAUGUUAGGAGGGGAGAGGGAAAAUGUUUAAAAUUAGUUGGACUUUAACUGGAAUUCUACUUUACUUUCAUUUUUUUUUUUUUCAAUUGGAAAAUAACAAACACGUCUAUACUUACCAACUGUGUGCAGA